AUGGGCUCGGAUAACUCGUCCUGGACUCCUCAGUCCGUCCUAUCUACCCUCCCCCACCCGCCAGAGGAGAACUCGACAUCGCCCGUUCCCUUCUUCCACCUGGUCGAGCGCCUCAAGACUACCAAGCGCGAAGGCUGGCGCCGCUUUGGCAUCAAUGGCGAAUCUAUUUCCGACCACAUGUACCGCAUGUCGAUCAUGACGAUGUUGGCCCCGCCUUCCCUAUCCGCCAAACUCGACAUUCCACGCUGCACCAAGAUGGCCUUGAUCCACGAUAUGGCCGAGGCACUCGUCGGGGAUAUUACUCCGGUCGACUACCACAUAACCAAGGCUGAGAAGGCUCGUCGCGAGGCCUCUGUCAUGGAAUACAUCACUACAACUCUCCUCGGCAAGGUCCCCGGAGGCACUCUGUCAGGCGCGGACAUCAAGAGCGUGUUCGAGGAAUACGAGGAAGACCAGACCCUUGAGGCGCACUUUGUCCACGAUAUCGACAAAAUGGAGCUGCUUUUGCAGAUGGUUGAAUAUGAGCGCUCGAACGAGGUUGACCUUACCGAGUUCACUCAUGUUGCCUCUCGCAUUCGGUUGCCCGAAAUCCAAGCUUGGGCUGCUGAGGUUAUUAAGGAGAGGAAGAAGCAAGAAUAA